AUGAUUUGGAGCGUGGGUUCAGGAGGUAAGAUGGCGGCGUUGAGGCUUUUCCUUCCCUUCCUCCUCCUCCACUCAUUCUGUGAAGGCUACAAUCAGCCUCCGAGCUUCACAAACUACUUCUUCUCAACGUACCUCCUCAUCUAUGAAGACCUGCCUAUAGGUUCAUCCAUAACCAAGCUCACGGCGGUUGAUCCAGAGGGGGAGCCCCUCAUAUUUGGAGUUUCGGGAGAGGAGGCCAUGAGGUAUUUUUCUGUAGACAGAAACACCGGCGUGGUUUGGCUCCGACAGCAACUCGACCGAGAGACCAAGUCCGAGAUGCAAGUUGAGUUCUACGUGAGUGACAAUCAGGAGGUAGUCAGAGAUAUAGUAAACAUCCAGAUUGGAGACGUGAACGAUAACGCUCCGAGCUUCCACGGGCAGCCGUACAGCGUUCGCAUCCCCGAGAAUAUUCCAGUGGGCACAUCAAUAUUUAUGGUGAACGCCACAGAUCCAGACCAGGGCACCGGUGGCAGCGUUCUCUUCUCUUUUCAGCCGCCUUCCUCCUUCUUUGCUAUUGACGGAGCCCGAGGCACCGUCACUGUCACCAAAGGUCUGGACUAUGAGACGACCACAGCAUACCAGUUAACUGUCAACGCCACGGAUCAAGACAAAGUGAGACCUCUAUCUCAGCUGGCAAACUUGGCAAUCGCCAUCACUGACGUCCAGGAUAUGGACCCUAUAUUCACCAAUUUGCCCUACAGCACCAACAUAUACGAGAACGUUCCCCUGGGCUACGAAGUGCGCAAGAUAACAGCCAUGGACCAGGAUCUGGGCUCCCCGAGAGGAAUCGGCUACACCAUCGUCUCAGGAAACACCAACAGCGUCUUCGCUCUGGACUACAUAAGCGGGUCCCUGACGGUGAACGGCCAGCUGGACAGAGAAAACCCGCUCUACUCUGCAGGAUUCACGCUCACUGUCAAGGCCACAGAGCUGAAAGAAGAUCGCACUCCGUCAGACGCUACAGUGAGGACCACCUUCACCAUCCUGUUAAUUGACAUCAACGACAACGCCCCCACGUUCAACAGCUCCGAGUACAGAGUUCUCAUCACGGAGCUGGCGCAGGUCGGGUUCGCCCUGCCGCUCUACAUCCAGGCAGAAGAUAAAGACGAGGGGGUGAACAGUAUGUUCCAGGUGUUUCUGACAGGAAACAACUCCGAGUACUUCACCAUCUCACCAACAGCAGUACAGGGCCGAGCCGACAUCCGGGUGAGGGUUGCCAUGCCACUCGACUACGAGACGAUUCGGAGCUUCAGCUAUUCACUCUUUGCCAACGAGUCCAUGUCAGACCAUGUAGGUUUCGCCAGAGUCUUUAUCGACCUGAUCAACGAGAACGACAACCGUCCCAUCUUCAGCAAACCACUGUACAACAUCAGCCUCCCUGAAAACUCCCCUCCUGGUAUGGCCGUGCUGAAGGUCCUGGCUACGGACGGAGAUGCUGGAAUUUUUGGGGUCGUUCGUUAUUCCUUCACAGACGAUCCAGACCAGUUUUCAAUAGACGAGGGGACGGGCUGGGUUACUCUGAAGGCCAGCCUGGACUACGAGCUGAUGCGCCGUUACACGCUCACCGUGCUGGCGACUGACGGCGGCGGGGAGGAAACGGCAGGAAGGAUCCGAGUGAACGUGCUGGACAUCAACGACAACGCGCCUCUCUUCCAGAAGGAGGCGUACGUGGGCUCGAUCAGAGAGAACGAACAAACCGUCCAGUCAGUGGCACGGAUCAAGGCAACUGAUGAGGAUUCUCCUCCCAACAACGUCCUGACCUACACCAUCAUCUCAGCCUCAGCCUUUGGUACCUACUUCAGCAUCAUCAUGGUGGAAGGCUACGCAGUGAUCAGCAUCAACAAGCCCCUUGACUACGAGAAGAUUCCCAAUGGGAUGAUCUACCUAACCGUGAUGGCCAAUGACGGGGGGACCCCAUCUCUCAACAGCACCGUCCCUGUCACGGUGGAAGUGAUUGAUGAAAAUGACAACCCGCCUGAGUUCAGCAAACAGUCUUACAUCAUCAAAAUCCCAGAGAACAUCAUCGCCGGAGCGACUGUUUUGGUUGUGAAUGCGACAGACUUGGAUGCCUCUCAGGAGUUUGGUCAGGCCUCACUCAUCUAUUCCCUGGAAGGCUCCUCUCAGUUCCGCAUCAAUUCACGCUCGGGAGAGAUCACCACCACAGCCUUCCUGGACCGAGAGCAAAAGGCUGAGUACAUCCUGAUAGUCCGAGCCGUGGAUGGAGGGGUUGGUCCACAGCAGAAGACUGGCAUCGCCACGGUGAACAUCACCGUCCUGGACAUCAACGACAACGCCCCUGUGUGGAUAGACGAGCCGUACGACGCCAACGUGGUGGAAAUGAGUCCAAAAAACACCGACGUCAUCUCAGUGUUGGCCGUGGACCCUGACAACGGGGAAAACGGGACAGUCGUGUACAGCAUAAGUCCAGUAAACCCUUUCUAUACAAUUGACAACAGGACGGGGAAGAUCCGCACCAGUGGACUCACCCUGGACAGGGAAAGCACUAACGUCAGAGACGCAGUGCUCAUGAGGACAAUCGUCAUCUCGGCCGUCGACCGUGGAACACCCGCACUGCGUGCAACAGCAAGCGCCACAGUUUCUGUCAACCUGCUGGACCUGAACGACAACGACCCAACUUUUCUCAAUCUGCCCUUCGUCGCUGAAAUCCUGGAGGGAUUGCCUGUAGGAACUUCAAUUUUUAAGGUUCAGGUGGAAGAUCCGGAUGAGGGUAAGAACGGUCUGAUCACCAUGGCGUUGCGGAUGGGCAUGCCUCGCCUCGACUUCUUCCUGAACAGCACCUCUGGGGUCCUCACGUCCACUGCGGUCCUGGAUCGGGAGCAGAUCGGACAGUACUUUCUGAGAAUCGUUGCGUACGAUGCCGGGGAUUUCCCUCGAACGUCCACCUCCACUCUCACCGUCUCAGUUCUGGAUGUAAACGAUGAGACGCCCACCUUCAGCCCCCGCCUCUACAACGUUUCCCUGCUGGAGAACAUCCCUCGAGACUACAUCGUGGCGCGCCUCAUCUGCACCGACAACGAUACCGGUCUCAACGCCGAGCUCAGCUACUUCAUCACAGGUGGGAACCAAGAUGGUAAAUUCAGCGUGGGCUUCAGAGAUGGGAUUGUUCGGACCGUGGUGGGCCUCGACAGAGAGACCCAGGCUGCUUAUACACUUGUUGUUGAAGCAAUAGACAACGGUCCGGCAGGCAGCCGAAGGACCGGAACCGCCACUGUGUUCGUCGAUGUGCUGGACGUUAACGACAACAAGCCCAUCUUCCUCCAAAACAGCUACGAGACCAGCAUCCUGGAGACGGUGCCACAAGGAACCAGCAUCCUUCAGGUUCAAGCCACGGAUGCGGACCAGGGAGAGAACGGCAGAGUUCUGUACAGAAUCCUUACAGGGAACAACAACAACCAGUUCAGCAUAGACAGACUGACGGGGCUCAUAGCGAGAGGCGUCCGGGCCCUGGACAGAGAAACCAGCAGCUCCCACGUGCUGGAGGUGGAGGGCUACAACAGUGAUGAGAGCAGCAUGCGCAGCUCCGUCAGGGUGAUCAUUUAUGUCAACGAUGCCAACGAUGAGGUGCCAGUUUUUACACAGCAACAGUACAACCGUUUGGGCCUCAAAGAGACGGCUGGUAUCGGCACGUCUGUGAUUGUGGUGCGUGCCACCGACCCGGACACUGGUGAUGGUGGAGCUGUUGCCUACGCCAUCGUGUCGGGCUCGGACCGUAAGUUCGAAGUGGAUGCGAGCACCGGUCUGAUCACCACUGUGGACUACUUGGACUACGAGACAAAGACCAGCUACCUCAUGAACAUCUCGGCGACUGAUCAGGCGCCACCGUUCCACCAAGUCUUCUGCACCGUCUACGUCACGCUGCUGAACGAACUGGAUGAGGCUGUGGCCUUCUUGUCCACCAGCUAUGAGACUUCCAUUAAAGAAAACAUUGCCACGGGGACCGAGGUGGUUCAAGUGCAGGCCAAGUCAGCUGAUAACCUGAACCAGAUGACCUAUCGCUUUGACCCCGACACGUCGCCCGCUGCUCUGGCUCUCUUCAAGAUUGAUAGUGUUACGGGCCGCAUCACAGUCACAGGCCUGCUGGACAGAGAAAAGGGGGCUCUGUACACCCUGACAGUCGUCGCUGAUGAUGGAGGACCUAAAAAGGACUCUACAGUGAAGGUAUCGGUCACCAUCCUGGAUGAAAACGACAACAGUCCAGAGUUUGACAUUACCUCUGAAACGUCGGUGAGCGUUCCAGAAAACACAGCCAUGGGGACGAGGGUGGCAGUGAUGCUGGCCAGAGACCAAGACGCUGGAUUAAAUGGACUGGUGAAUUUCACUCUGGUGGCUGGAAACAUGCAGGAUGUUUUCAAGAUCAACACGGUGAACUACAGUUACGGGGAGGUUUUCGUCAACGCUCCUCUGGACAGAGAGUCUGUAGACCGCUAUCUGCUGAAGGUGCGUGCCACCGACAACGGCUCGCCUCCCCGAUACACAGAUCACGCUCUCACCGUCAACAUCCUGGACGUUAACGAUAAUCCACCUGUUAUUGAAAGCCCCAGAGGCUACAACGCCAGCGUCAAUGAGAACGUCGGAGGCGGCACGUCGGUUCUUCGUGUGGUGGCCACUGACAAAGACAUCGGUUCCAACGCCAUGCUGUUCUACUACAUCACUGCUGGAAACCAGGACCUGACCUUCCGCAUGGACCGCAUGACCGGAGAGAUAGUGACUCGACCGUCGCCACCUGACCGGGAGCGCCAGCAAGAGUAUCGGCUGAUUGUGGUCGUGGAAGACGACGGCACGCCGCCUCUGUCGGCGACGACUACCGUUAACGUUCACAUCGUGGAUGAGAACGACAACGCCCCGGAGUUCCCCGAGGAGGAGUACGUCACGGUGCUGAGCGAGGGGCCGGAGACGGUGGGGGCCACCAUCGCCACGGUAACAGCCGUUGACCCGGAUGAAGGUCUGAACGGGACCCUGCGGUACGCCAUCGCUCAGGGAAACCUGGUUCAGACGUUCAACAUCGACAACGUCACGGGUCGAAUCACUGCCGUGAAGGAGCUGGACUACGAGAUCAGCAAUGGACAUUACGUGUUGGUCGUCACGGCGACGGACCAGUGCCCAAAGCCUGCUCUUCGCCUGACUUCUAGCACAACAGUUCUGGUGAACGUUUUGGACGUGAACGAUGUGACGCCCACCUUCCCCAGAAGGUACGAGGGGCCCUUCGAUGUGACGGAGGGUCAGCCAGGACCACGAGUGUGGACCGUCAAGGCCAGCGACGAAGACUCUGGUCUUAACGGCAAAGUGGAGUACAGCAUCACUGGUGGAGAUCCCCAGAAUGAGUUCACGGUUUCUCCUGUGGACGGGGAGCUUCGGGUGCGGAAGGAUGUAGAGCUGGACCGAGAGACCACGGCCUUUUACAACAUCACCAUCACCGCCCGGGACCUGGGAACGCCGUCUCGCAACAGCUCGGUGGUGGUGGGGGUCAAUGUCCUCGACAUCAACGACAACGACCCCGUCAUUCUCAACUUGCCUUAUAACACGAGCGUUAGUGAAGCCGCCACCAUUCACACGUCCGUGGCCCAGGUUCGUGCACAAGACGCAGAUAGUGGGCGCAAUGCGCUGCUAACCUACAACAUCACUGCUGGGAACCAGGACGGGGCCUUCUACAUCGUCGACACGACAGGUGUGGUGCAGGUGAACAGACCUCUGGACAGAGAGUGGGUGGCGCAGUACGUCCUCACCAUCACUGUUAAAGACAACCCAGAGAACCCCCGCAACGCUCGCAGGGACUCGGACUUCUUGGUCGUCACCAUCCUGGACGAGAACGACAACAGGCCGAUAUUCACAAAGACCAGCUACAGAGCUGAGAUCCUGGAGAACUCUGCAGCAGGCAGCACUGUAACUGUUCUGAACGGGCCAAUUCUGGCUGAGGAUAAGGACAUUGGGCUUAAUGCCGUGGUAAAGUACCGGCUACUGGGAGCAAGAGUGGACCUCUUCACGGUUGACCCUGACACUGGCAUCAUACUCGUCCGUCAGGGAGCAAAACUGGAUCGGGAGGCGUUUCUGGACCCUCGGGUGGAGCUGAUCAUCGUUGGGGAGGACAUUGGAAAAUUAAACAGCAGUGUCCCUGUCACUGUUACAAUUCUGGACCAGAACGACAACCCUCCUGUCUUCAACCCAUCCAGUUUCAGCGUCCAUCUUCCGGAGAACAGCCCCACUGGUGUGGUGGUCACUCAGCUGUCUGCAACCGAUGCUGACUCUGGCUCCAACGGCUGGUUAAUGUAUCGAUUAGAAAGUGGGGCUCAGGAUCGUUUUGUGGUUGACCCUCUCUCCGGAGCCGUCUUGGUAGGCAACGCCACGCUGGACAGGGAGGAGCGCGCCUCAUAUCGCCUCGUUGUGAUGGCAAUCGAUCGUGGCACUCCCCCUUUGUCGGGCACGGCUACCCUGACGGUCCUCCUGGACGAUGUCAAUGACUCAAGACCACGUUUUCUAGAGCCCGUAACCAUGAUUAAUGUGAACGAGUCAACCCCACCUGGUGUGGUGGUAGCCACACUUACAGCUGAAGACCCCGAUCUGCAUCCACGCCUUGAGUAUUACAUCAUCUCGGUGGAGGCCAAGGAUGAUGGGAACAACCCAGUGGCUGGCCUGCAGAACUCCUUUGGCAUUGAUUUACAUACAGGUGCAGUGUUUGUGCGUAACCCACUCAACAGAGAGCUGGUUGCUACAUUUGAGAUCAUUGUGUCUGUUCAUGACAACGCAAGUGACAUUAUUGACAUGUCUGUCAGUAUUCCCAAUGCGAGGCUAACCAUCAACGUGUUGGACGUUAACGACAACGCUCCUCGUUUUCGGCCGUUCGGAGUGACCAACUUCACGGAGCAGAUCUUAGAGGGGGCUCAGCCGGGCACGACGCUGCUGUCAGUGUCAGCUGUGGAUCCGGACAAAGGUCCGAAUGGUCAGGUCACCUACGAGCUGCUCAACUUACCGAGGGGGAACUACGUUAGACUUGAGGACCCGUCCAUCGGUAAGAUUGUAGCCAAUCAGACGGUGGAUUUCGAGCUGAUUCAGUGGCUGAACUUCACCAUACGGGCUCAGGACCACGGCUCCCCUCCCAGAAGUGCCGAGCUGCCGGUUUAUCUGCGCAUCGUGGACGUCAACGACAACAACCCCGUCUUCCUGCAACCUUCCUAUCAGGUGCCUGUGUUUGAGAACGUGGACCUGGGCACCACAAUAAUUCGGGUCAGAGCCACAGACGCUGAUUCUGGACUCUUCGCCGUCAUCGAGUACAGCCUCGUAGACGGAGAGGGCAAGUUUGACAUCAGACCAACCACGGGAGAGAUCUACAUCUUGUCCCCUCUGGACAGAGAGACAAAGGACCACUACACUUUAACCGCCGUGGCCCGGGACAACCCUGGAGGAACCCCAAACAACCGGAGAGAGAACUCCGUUCAGGUUCUGGUGACGGUUCUGGACGUGAACGAUUAUCGUCCGCGCUUCGUAUCCAAAGUGUUCAACACCAGCGUGUUUGAAAACGAGCCCAGCGGAACGUCGGUGAUCACCAUCACAGCUAUAGACCUGGACGAAGGACAGAACGCUGCGCUGAUUUACACCAUGCUCGGACCAAACAUGGACGCGUUCCUUCUGGAUUCGAUCACCGGAUUGGUGCGUUCUCGCCGCCUGCUUCAGUCCACGGAGCGCUUCAACUUCACCGUGGUGGCUACAGACCAGGGCCGCCCUCCCCUGUGGGGCACUGCAGACCUGAUCAUCACAGUCAUAGACGUUAACGACAACAGACCCGUGUUCGUCAGGCCAGCUAAUGGAACCAUUAUUCAUAUCACUGAGGAGCAGCCGCCGGGUCUGCCCGUCUACGAGGUGCACGCAACCGACGCCGACGAGGGGGUGAACGGAGAGGUCCGCUACUCUUUCCUGCAGACGGGAGCGGGAAACAGAGACUGGGAGAACUUCCGCAUCGAUGCCGUGUCGGGGGUCAUCACGACGACUGUGAAACUGGACCGAGAGAAGCAGGCCCUCUACAGCCUCAUCAUCGUGGCCCGGGACCUGGGUCAGCCGGUGCCGUAUGAGACCACGCAGCCUCUGCAGGUGGCGCUGUUGGACAUAGACGAUAACGAACCGGUCUUCCUGAAACCGCCGCGUGGCAGCUUGUCGUACCAGAAGAUGACGGUGCUUGAAGAGUCUCCUCCAGGAACCGUAGUCGGCAACGUGACCAGAGCUGUGGACGCCGACGAGGGCGCCAACGCCAUCGUCUAUUAUUUCAUUGCAGCCGGAAACAACGAUGGAAACUUUGGCCUGAGUCUGGACGGAGAACUGAGGGUGCUCAAGGUGCUGGACAGGGAGGAAGUACCGGCCUACUCCAUCAUCAUCAAGGCUUCCAGCAACCGGAGCUGGACUCCUCCCAGAGGUCAGAGGUCAAUACAGGCCAGAGCCUUGGACCCCACUCUUGACCCCAGCCUGCUGGAAGUCCAGAUCCAGCUGGAGGACAUCAACGACCAGACUCCGCGCUUCACGAAGGCCGAAUACACCGCAGGGGUCGCAGCGAAUGCCAAAGUGGGCUCAGAGCUUAUUAAGGUGUUGGCGAUAGACAACGACAUCGGUAACAACAGCUUGGUCCAGUACCAUAUCGUUACGAUCCGCUACUUCCAGACCCAAAGCAACGGCAGUGAAGACGUAGGCAACAUCUUCAUCAUUGGUUUGGCAGAUGGAAUCAUCCGCACCUACGACCUCUUCACGUCUUACAAUCCGGGCUACUUUCAGCUGGAGAUUUUAGCCUGUGAUCUCGCCGGGCACAGCGCCACCUCCAACGUGAACAUCUACAUCCUCCGAGACGACCAGAGGGUCAAGAUAGUCUUUAACGAGAUUCCAGACUGGGUUCGGGAGAACCAGGACGAUUUCAUCGGCCUCCUUUCCAACAUCACCGGUGCCAUCGUGAACCUGGACGACAUCCAGUUCCACGUGGACAAAAAGGGCAGAGUGAGCUACGCUCAGACCGACAUGCUCAUCCACGUCGUCAACAAUCAGACCAACACCAUCCUGGACGUUGAAAGGGUCAUCCAGAUGAUCGACGAGAACAAGGAGCAGCUCAGGAACCUGUUCAGGACCUACAACGUUGUGGACGUUCAGCCGGCUGUUGGUGACAAACUGCCUGAUGACAUCUCCACGCUGCAGCUGGUCAUCAUCAUCCUGGCGGUGCUGCUGUGCUUGGCAGGGAUCCUGUUCGUAACAAUGAACUGGCAUUAUCGCAGAGUACACCAAAGGAAGCUUAAAGCGAUCGUUGCAGGAUCGUCAGGAAACCAGGGUCUAAUGGACAUCCUGGACAUGCCCAACACCAACAAGUACUCCUUUGAGGGAGCUAAUCCGGUUUGGCUGGACCCGUUCUGUCGGAACCUGGAGCUGGCCGCUCAGGCUGACCACGAGGACGACCUGCCCGAGAACCUGAGCGAGAUCACGGACCUGUGGAACAGCCCGGCGCGCACUCACGGCACCUUCGGUCGAGAGCCUCAAGCGAGGCCCGAGGAUGAUCGGUACCUGAGAGCAGCCAUUCAGGAGUACGACAACAUCGCUAAACUGGGCCAGAUCAUGAGGGAGGGGCCCAUCAAGGGUUCCCUGCUCAAGGUGGUUCUAGACGACUACCUGAGGCUGAAAAAGCUCUUUGCAGCGCGGCUCGUCACCGUUUCCACCAGCCAGGGGGACAAGUCAUCGAUCACCGAGCUCAUCCAGAGCGACCUGGACGACGACGAGGACGAGCGCCUGAGCGUGGGCGGCGGCCACGGCACGCUGCGCUUCAAGCACAAACUCCCCAUGGAGCUGAAAGGGCCCGAAGGCGUGCACGUGGUCCACGGCAGCACGGGCACCCUCCUGACCUCUGACCUCAACAGCCUGCCGGAGGACGACCAGCGGGCCCUGGCGCGCUCCCUGGAAGCGCUCGACGGCGGUCUGUACUCGGAGCGGAACGCCCGCACCGAGUCGGCCAAGUCCACCCCGAUGCACCGCCACAAAGACGGCGUGUCCGAGAGCCCGCUGGAAGUCACGGAGCUAUGA